UCAUGACGGGAACACGAAUUGUCACACCCACGUGCUAUCGAAGCCACCCAUCGCUGUCACAAAAUGAUAAGUACAGCGACAACGACAACAUGACACUGAUAAGUAUACCAUUGGCUUGAUUGAUAUCCAUCUUCAUGGUACUAGUAUGUCAGAUCCACGGGAUCGAGUUCCUCCUCCCCCUCGCACCGUUAAGAGCGCUCGGAAACUCACUGAUGCAAGGCUUGAUAAUCCUACAAGACCAAGUAUCAGUAUUGCUACAAAAACUGUUGCCGAUAGCUUAGGGCCAGGCGGUCGCAUCGCAGCACGAGUCCCUGCCACAACAACCGAUCCAAGGCUCGAUAACCCUACAAGGCUUGUUGCUGCAAAAACUGCCCCCAUAGUCAAUGACGCCAGGCCAGACAAUCGUCUCGGAACAAAAGUUCCCGUUUUAAAAUCUGCAACCGCUGACUCAAGCAUCGAUACUCGUCCUAGAGACCAAGAGUUGAACGUGAGACCAGUCAGUAGAAAUCCACCACGACCUGAUGCUGCUCGAAAUGUAGCUAUCCAUGAACCCCUGCGGCAAACUGAUGUUGCUGCUAGGGGUCCAAAGAAAGUUACUUUCAACAUUGAAGACUUUCCACUGCCCAUGGAACGGCGUCCUGUCGCCCGUAAUAGGGUGGCGCAGAACUCUGGACGGUCUAAUCUAGGUCUUGGUUCAUCUGGUGCCCAGGAGAGAAGAGAAGAGCUUCCCUCUCAAUCGGCUUCCUUCUUUCCCGAGAGAUCUUCCCAACCUGGUGCUGCAAGGAAGUCGUCGGCAGAUGUCCCACGUAGAGGUCUUGGUAGACAGACAACCAACAAUGCAUUUGAUCAGCACCAUGCCACUAAAUCGCAACGAAAGUCCCCUCACACACAUACAGAACCAUUUUCUGGAAAAUACGCGCGAAAAUUCGAAGGUGUAGGCGGUAGGGCACCUUCACGCGUGCCUCGUAUGUCCAGCGCAAACAGGAGUGGCAACCAGGGCCAUCUUGUUGAUAGCUCAAGUGAACAUAGCAGCGGGAGCGCAAACUAUGUCGAUGUCGGUUUGAAGUUGUCCAAAUUGAGCAGGGAUGAAUCUUCAGGCAACUCUGUCGGAAAAAUCCGUGUCCAGGUGAAAGCAGCUAGAAAAUUUCAAUUUGGACGCAAAUCGACGAAGGCUCCAUCCGAGAUACGACGUUCUGUCACUCCCAUGAAUUCCCAGAGCAGCGAAUCAUCUGACAAUGACGAAUCUGCGAUACCCGCUCCUGCGCGCGAAGAUAGCGAGGAACUGGAAUAUGUGCACCUUAUCAUCGACUCUCCCAACAUUGCUCGCGAGCAAACCGAAUCAUCCCCAGAAUCAGAUGUUGCAGAAAUGGAUGAAGCCCCUGCGGAAAUACCCUCAGAUGCUCUUAUCGAGGCUUUGGAAAACGUUUCACUGACGACUAUCCGGCUCGCAAAAUUACACCGUCUUCCCUUCAUGCUACGAAACCUCCGCAAAGGAUUUCUCAUUCGAUGCAAAUCCCUUGGAAUUGAUCCAUCUCGUAGUAUUCCACCUUCUAAACCCGUUAUGGUGAUAUACAACUGCGUAGCGCAAAUCGCCGAGGAUAUAUAUCCAAAACGACAGGCAACUCGAACGACAAUGACACAUUGGAGAUGUCCGCUUUGCGAACUUCACGGAGUAUUUCCUACGCAGCAAAUUCUCAACGCUCAUCUCCGGUGGGACCAUGUAGGAGUAAGUUUCUGGUGGGAUAUGGACGACUAUACUUUGUGGGUACAACUUCCGCUGCCAAGACAUGUUGCAUUACCGGUUGCAUUGCCUGCCAGUGGGCAUGUUCCACUAUUGCCCCAUUCACGUGCGAUGACAACAACUUCGACAAGGACUGCUUCGACAGAGAUCACCGACUUCUCAUCUAAUUUUCACAAUGACGAAUACACUCCAGCGACCACGCAGUCCCCAUCACGAAAUACCUCUGUGGCAUCUCAACCUUUUCCUGGCGCAGGUAAACUUGACAUCAAACCAACCCCGAUACUUCGUACGGGUUCAUUGGCAUUGUCGACUACGCGCAGCAGUUCUGUAGCAUCUCGCACGCUGUCUCAUGCAUCUUCCAGUCAUGCUUCUGGAAGGCCAACACCCCCUCCUCGACCUGAUCCCCUAGGGCCUGCAGCGCAGUAUCCUUACCUACUCGAGUCCGAUGGCAUCCAUUCAUGCCGCGUGGGCGGUCCCCGGCUAUACGAUCUUCUGAACACACUGCCACUGGAUGAAUUUGGUGUACUCGCAUGGGUUAUCAUCGAUAGAGAAGAAGAAAUCUUUGAGAUAGACAACGUGAGAGAUGAAGACAAGGUCAUGCAGGCGCUUUGGUUCCGCUGGAUAUUUCUCAAUCGGAACAAAUUCGUCGCGGAUUUUUUCAAAGGAACGAAGACAUUCAUAAACGACAAUUGGCAGAUGAUAGAUCGAGCUGCUGGAGCCGCUGCUUUAAGGACAUGGCUUCUCGUUCUCAGCAUCAAUAACUUUUUGUUAACUUCGGAUGCCGUGGUGCUCUUGCGUCAUUAUCGAGGGCUGACAGGUAAGCAACAUUGGUAUGAUGAUAACCACGCAACCCAGAAUGAGGUUGCACCUGUAUAAUAUCUGGAUCCAUGGUAUGUACCUUGAAUCUGAUCAGACUCCUUCAACUCGAUCGGUAAACGCUGAUGCGGUGACCUCAAAGAAGCUUCAGGAACAACAACGGAGCUCGCUCAGAACCUUUCAGAACCUAGAGAACUUGACAGAGGGUUCACAAUAGAUGAAUGAUGCCGAUUGGCUGAUACAAAUGUAACUUGGGUGCUACAUAUAUGUAGUAAUAACUUCGUCAGCUCAUUUAUAAAAGCACAAAAGAAAGUACCACCA